ACGAGACCCAAGUUUCUAUCCCAUGUACAGUCGUUUCUGGGUCUGAAUAAAACCGAUAUUGACAAAUGUAAUCGAUAUGCAAUAGCGGCCAAUACUAUACCAUAUGUGUCACAAGCAUUCGAUUCGGAGGACAUUGGUUUUGCGUGCAGGUCGUUGUUUCUUUGUCCUGCGAAAUUUCAAUGAUGAGAGAUAGAUCGACAACCCUGCUUACAUCCUAAUUUGUAACGGAGAAACAUAAAAAUACGCUGUCUUGGAAUCCAUGGAGCGAAAGGAAAAAGAAAAAGACAACGGUGGAAGCGGGGAUGAGGCAAAAAAGAGGAUCAGUCCACAGUCGUCGGACGCCGGGAGUUCGGCUUCAGGGAGCAGCGGGUCAGCACUGAGUGCUGCACCGGCAGCCAACGGGGCUGGGGGCGGCUCGGGCGGUCAUAGCCACUCCAUCUCGCACGGAAUGCACAGCCAUAGUCAGGGAUCGGGAUCCCAAAAAACCUUCAAAAUAGCCCCAGGAUUGCAAGAUGCUCCCCGAAGACAGAGUAAGCGGAAAAGAGCAAAGGUUGAGUAUCGGGAGAUGGAUGAGAAAUUGGCUAAUCUUUCGGAAGAUGAGUACUUCUCUGAGGAAGAGAGGCAACUCAAGAAGGAGAAGGUCUCUAAAACAGCAGAGGAUGAGCCUGAAGAGAGUGACUUGGAAGAGCCUAAAGCAUAUGUAGGUCUUGAAGGAGCAGCCUUUUCCGCUCGCCUUCCUAGCGAUAAGAUGACAGCUCAAGAGGCGGCCUGUUUUCCUGAUAUCAUCCAGAGUCCAGCACAGACUCAAAAAUUGUUCUUGUACAUCCGUAACAGACUGCUCCAACUGUGGUUUGAGAAUCCCAAGGUCCAGCUGAUAUUUGAGAAUGCGCUGCCACAGAUAGAAGCCCCAUACAAUAGUGAUGUCCAACUUGUGAUGCGAGUCCAUGCAUACCUGGAACGCCAUGGCCUAAUCAACUUUGGCAUCUACAAGCGUCUGAAGCCUGUCCCAACCAAGGCCAUGGGCAAGGUGCUGGUGGUGGGAGCUGGCAUUUCAGGUCUGGCUGCAGCCUCCCAGCUCCAGUCCUUUGGCAUGGACGUGACCCUUCUGGAGUCCCGGGACCGGGUGGGGGGCCGGGUCACCACCUAUCGCAAGAACAACUACGUGGCGGACCUUGGCGCCAUGGUUGUGACUGGGCUGGGGGGCAACCCCAUGACCAUCAUCAGCAAGCAGGUCAACAUGGAAUUGACCAAAAUUAAGCAGAAGUGUCCCCUGUUUGAGAGUGGAGGUCAAACGGUAUGGACGAUACCGAAGGACAAAGACGAGAUGGUGGAAAGGGAAUUCAACCGACUCCUGGAGGCCACCUCCUUCAUGUCUCAUCAGCUGGACUUCAACUUCAUCCACGGGAAGCCAGUGUCACUCGGCCAAGCACUGGAGCUUGUCAUCAAACUCCAAGAAAAACAGGUGAAAGAGAAGAAGAGCGAUUACCUGAGGACGAUCAUCAGCCUACAGGAGCAAACCAAGGAAAACCAGGCCAAGCUGUUGGUACUUCAAGACAAGAUCAAGGAACUACACAAGCAGUACAAGGAGGUGUCAGAGAGCAAGGCACAGCGAGACAUCACCACAGAGUUCCUGGUUCGCAGCAAGAUGAGGGACUUGAAUGCUGCCCUCAAGGAGUACGACAUCCUUGUUUACAACCAGAAAGAUGUUGAUGAAAAAAUGCAGGAGUUGGAUAAUAACCCGCCAAGUGAUGUGUACCUCUCGUCGCGAGACCGGCAGAUUCUGGACUGGCACUUUGCCAACCUGGAGUUUGCCAACGCCACGCCCCUGUCCACCCUUUCCCUCAAGCACUGGGACCAAGAUGAUGACUUUGAGUUCACCGGCAGCCACCUGACUGUCCGAAAUGGCUACUCCUGCGUCCCAAUAGCGUUGUCCGAGGGGCUUGACAUCAAGCUGAAUACGAUCGUCCGACAGAUCAAGACAAACAACACAGGUGUAGAGGUCGUGACCCAGAGUGCCAAAGGGCAAGGUGGCACCUACACCUACAAGGCAGACGCGGUGGUGUGCACGCUACCCCUUGGGGUGCUGAAGCAGUCCCCACCGGUGGUACAGUUUGUGCCGCCGCUUCCUGAGUGGAAGACCAGUGCCAUACAUCGCAUGGGCUAUGGCAAUCUCAACAAGGUGGUCCUGUGCUUUGACAAGGCAUUCUGGGAUCCUUCCGUCAACCUGUUUGGCCAUGUAGGCAGCACCACGGCCAGCCGCGGUGAGCUCUUCCUGUUCUGGAAUCUGUACAAAGCACCAGUGCUCCUGGCUCUGGUAGCUGGGGAGGCCGCGCAGAUCAUGGAGAAUGUCAGUGAUGAUGUCAUCGUGGGGCGAUGCCUGUCAGUACUGAAGGGAAUCUUUGGACCUUCCACGGUUCCACAGCCCAAGGAAGCAGUAGUGACUCGUUGGCGUGCAGACCCCUGGUCCCGGGGAUCCUACUCCUACGUGGCAGCAGGCUCGUCAGGCAAUGACUACGACUUAAUGGCCACGCCCAUUACACCCACCCCUGUGGUCCAGGGGGCCCCGCCCCAACCCAAUAACAUGCCCCGCCUCUUCUUUGCUGGCGAGCACACCAUCCGGAACUACCCAGCCACUGUGCACGGUGCACUCUUGAGUGGGCUGCGGGAGGCAGGCCGGAUUGCCGACCAGUUCCUUGGGUCACCCUAUGCCCCACAGAGGCAGGUACCCCCCAUGGCCCACCAGUCAUCGUAGGCGGUUGCCAUUUGGACUAAGUAACCCCUAAGUUUGUGAAAAAAAGAAGAUUUUGGAAAGGUUAAGGAGCAUUCUUCACCCUGAAAAAACUUUAGAUUUUUGCACAUUCUGAUGGAAAUUGGACAUUAUCAUGUAAUAUAUGCACAGAUCGGUGUACAUGUAUUAUAUAUGGACCUUAUGGGGACCAAAAAUGUUAUGAGAACAGAAUUUUCACCCCACAAUGCAGGUCAGACUUUCCUUAACAACAUUAUCCACUUAGCACAAUGAAAGAUGACCAACCAAAGUAUGUACUUGUACCAUGAGUAGGUCAGAAGAGAACACUGAAUAAAUCUGUCCAGGUAAGCAUACAUGUCGUAGAGUGAAUCAUUCAACAGCAAAUUUUCCCAUCGUUACCACCAGUGUCUUAUUUUUUUGGAUAGGUUUGUCACAUUUUGCCCAGCUAUAGGUUGUGGUAUUCCUCUUUUACAGCAGAAAAAUGAAAUUAUUCAAAAGGGAUUGACAUUUUGCUAUAAAUGGUAGAUAUAAAUAUAAGUAUUAUGCCAGAAUUCAUACUGACAUGCAGCAUCCUUAGUGAUGGCUUUUAUUUGCAUCAGUGUUGUGAUCGAAUCCAUCACUACUCUGUCUAAGUCAUCCAGCCUUUAAUUAUCCAAGUUGCAAGUUAUUCAAAUGAACUGUGACAAAAGCACUCCAUUGUCAUUGGCCAUCCACCGGUCUGUUGACCGGACUUCUCAAGGGAUUUGUGAAUGGACGUGGCAACACUGGAAUCCAUUUUUCUUUUGUUUUAACUUUCUAUGUGGUUGUUUUAAUGUAUACAUUUUUACAUCAUCUUUAGAGGUUCCAGACUAUGACUAUCUUGGCCAUUGUAAACAACAGCAAUAACUUAUUUAUUUUUCUUUUUGUCCUUGAGAGGGAGGUAGGGAACCAUAAUAUUACAUGUAGGCACUGAGUACUGGUUUCAUGUACAUAAACGUGUGUGCUUUUGCUGGUAUGUUGCCAGUAUGUUGCACUGCAACAUGUAUGUGAAAUUGUUUUCAAGCCAAGACAUUGACCUACAUGAUAAAGCCUGGUAACAGCUGAUUUAUUGACAAUAUCCUAAUAUUUUGAGAAGUCAUUAUUAAAACUGUCCAGAAAAUGUAAAUGUUGCUAUUCAAAUACCAUUGGACUAGCUGAUCAGGCAAAUGCUAGAGAAGACAAAUUUUAGGAAAAAUCAACAUUUAUUUUGCUUUUGGAAUUUCAUAUUGAUUACUGCUGUGUGAUAUUGUAAAGUCUGGUUCUUGUAUGCUAACGGCGUGUAAGACGUCAAGACACAGACAGCCAUGGAAGAGACGCUGCGUGACAUCAUUGCACACAGUGUUAAUGCAGGCAGUUGACAAAGUUUAAUGCUGAUCCAACUUUCAGUCUGCAUUGAUGUCUUUGUUAGUCAUGAUAAAGUGUUUCCAUAUGAUUUUGUAUCAUUGGAAACUGGUCAGUGAUACUGUGUAUCAAUAUGGAAACCAGGCUUUAGACUUCAUAGGAGUUCAGUGUUGGUCACACUACUUGGUCAUUAACCUUACACAUUUUGAGCGUUAGUGAAGACAGCUUUUUUAUGACCAGGAUCAAAUUUGUUAUACAUAUGUACAUGUAUAUGAUAAAAGCUGUUCUACAAAUGAUGAUCUGCUCAUUUGCUCAUUAUCAUUCACGGGGAGAUGUAAUGUGUAAUACAGAAAGCCUUUGGUUUCAUGUAGGAAGCGUAUUGUAAGCUUUGCGAGCUUUUUAAGAGUAAAGUAAAGCAUACAGGUGUAUCUGUUAAGUUUCACCUGAUUUUGGUUCCACAAAAGUGAUACUGUUAAGUUGGCAAUAUUGAUCAAGACCUCUCUCCUUGUAUAUUCAUUCUAUCCUUUUUUUGUACAUAUCUAAACUCAUGCAGACCUGGCAGUGGUUGUGUUUGUAGGGUUUUAAUUUAUUUUGGGUAGUCUGCCAUUUGUUUUAGUUCAUGUGUUGUCGUGUCUUUGGAUUAAAGUACUUUAAGUUCUGCAAUUUUGCUUUCUAA